AUGGCGGGACUAUUCCGCAAGGUGUAUGACUGGUUGCUCAGAACCUUUUGGGCGACUGAGAUGGACGUGACCAUGAUUGGAUUGCAGAAUGCUGGCAAAACGUCCUUGCUUCGUGUGUUAUCGGGGCAAGAAUUCACGAUCGACUCCAUUCCCACUGUUGGCUUCAACAUGAAGAAAGUACAGCGCGGCCAUGUCACACUCAAGUGCUGGGACUUGGGAGGCCAACCACGGUUUCGGCCCAUGUGGGAAAGGUACUGCCGAGGGGUUGACGCUAUCGUGUUUAUCGUCGACAUCGCAGACCACAGCGUUCUUGAGCAGGCCAAGUUCGAACUCCACGACCUGAUGAACAACCAAAGCCUCAAGGGCAUUCCUCUGCUCGUACUGGGCAACAAGUCUGACCUUCCGGAUAAGCUAAGCGUGGAUGAACUGAUCGAUGCCAUGGAGCUGAAGAGGAUAGGAAACCGCGAGGUUUCUUGCUAUGGCAUAAGCGCGAAGGAGGAAACCAACCUGGAUGCCGUAGUCCAAUGGCUCAUGAAGUUUGCCAGAUGA